GAUAUUUGCCCUAUUUUAGCGCCGAAAUCUAAGCGAGACCAAAAUUUGCAAACUUUCUGGCACUUGGACUCAGUUUGGCGGCGAACAACUCCUUUACGACAACUCCAUCCUUUCGACAACCUUUGAAAGAACCCAACCGCAAAGAUGGCCGACGAAGAAUAUGAUGCCCAAAAGGCUGCCGAGAUCAAGGCAAAGAGAGCAUUCCGCAAGUUUUCCUACCGUGGAAUCGACCUCGACCAACUCCUCGACCUUUCCUCCGACCAACUCCGCGAUGUCGUCCACGCUCGUGCUCGCCGUAGGUUCAACCGUGGUUUGAAGCGCAAGCCUAUGGGUCUCAUCAAGAAGCUGCGCAAGGCCAAGCAAGAGGCUCAGCCAAACGAGAAGCCAGAUUUGGUCAAGACUCACUUGAGAGACAUGAUCGUCGUCCCAGAGAUGAUUGGCAGCGUUAUCGGUAUCUACUCCGGAAAGGAGUUCAACCAAGUCGAAAUCAAGCCUGAGAUGGUUGGUCACUACUUGGCCGAAUUCUCUAUCUCUUACCGCCCAGUCAAGCACGGAAGACCCGGUAUCGGUGCUACCCACUCUUCCCGUUUCAUUCCUCUUAAGUAAAUUACUCGGAUACAUUUACGCUGUAUCAUACUGGUUAUCAAGGAUGGAUGGUUCACAUAUUUGCAUGGGAUAUUAUGGCACAUAUGCCUGAGAUACCAACCUUCUGCUUGACUACGGUCGGAACACAGCUAUAAUUAAUAGCGAGCAAUGGGCAAAUAUGAAAUUACGUCAAGAAUAUUAACCUUCUUCGUCGCUUGGUGUGAA